AUGUACAGGGAAGCUUUCACACGUAAUUAUAAAUGCAUCUUAUCUACAUUUACACGUGUAUCGCAUAUCUAUCCCGAUGCGAAAUCGUUUGGUAGAAUUUCAGCGUUAACACCAAUACAAAUUCGAGAAUAUGCGUCUGGCAAUACUAAAGAAGAGGAAAUCAUGGAGCGAAUAGAAUCCAUGCGUGCGAAAGCAUAUUUGGGAGGCGGCAUUAAUAGAAUUACCACUCAGCAUAAAAAGGGAAAGCUAACUGCUCGAGAACGCCUUGAUUUACUCUUGGAUCCAGGAUCUUUUCAUGAAUAUGAUACUUUUGUAGAACAUCAAUGUACUGAUUUUGGUAUGGAAAAAAACAAGAUCAUUGGUGAUGGUGUAGUUACUGGACAUGGCACGAUAAAUGGCCGGAGAAUUUUUGUUUUUUCUCAGGACUUUACUGCCUUUGGUGGUAGUUUAUCAAAAAUGCAUGCUCAAAAGAUUUGUAAAAUAAUGGAUAAAGCUGUAUUGGUCGGUGCGCCAGUUGUUGGCCUGAAUGAUUCUGGUGGUGCACGUAUUCAAGAAGGUGUAGAUUCUCUUGCCGGAUAUGCAGACAUUUUUCAAAAGAAUGUCUUAUCAUCCGGUGUUGUACCUCAGAUAUCGCUGAUAAUGGGUCCAUGUGCUGGUGGUGCUGUGUACUCUCCAGCUCUUACUGAUUUCACCUUCAUGGUACGUGACACAUCAUACUUAUUUGUCACUGGUCCUGAUGUAGUCAAGGCAGUUACAAAUGAAGAUGUAACACAAGAAGAGCUCGGUGGUGCAAAAGCACAUACUGUUAAGUCUGAUUUCUUGCCACUUUCAAACCGUGAACGAGCACCCAUCCGUUGCACUGAUGAUCCCGUAACCCGUGAAGAUCCAUCACUUAACCACAUCAUCCCCGUUGAUUCCACAAAAGCUUAUGAUGUGCGAGAUGUUAUCACGCGUCUUGUGGAUGAUUCCAAUUUCUUUGAAAUCAUGCCAGACUACGCUAAAAAUAUUGUCAUAGGGUUCGCCCGGAUGGAUGGUCAAACAGUUUCCAUAGUUGGAAAUCAGCCAUUAGUAUCAUCGGGAGUUUUAGAUAUUAAUUGUUCUGUGAAAGCUUCUAGAUUUGUUCGAUUCUGUGAUGCUUUUAACAUUCCAAUUAUCACACUAGUGGACGUACCUGGUUUUCUUCCUGGAACUGCUCAAGAACAUAAUGGCAUUAUUCGCCAUGGUGCCAAAUUACUUUAUGCAUAUGCGGAGGCAACCGUCCCAAAAAUUACAAUUAUUUUGCGAAAAGCGUAUGGAGGGGCUUAUGAUGUUAUGUCGAGCAAACACCUUCGUGGCGAUAUAAAUUAUGCGUGGCCAACAGGUGAAAUUGCUGUUAUGGGUGCAAAGGGGGCUGUCGAAAUUAUAUUUCGACACGUUGAAGACCGAACGCAAGCAGAAAAGGAAUAUAUUGGUAUCUAUUUUAAAUAA